GACGGCGCCAUGACCGAGAUGACGGUGAUGCUGGUCGAAGGCGUGGUGUGCUUCCUGCUGCUCGUGCUCGCCGAGCAAGCCAUGAUGCGUCACUGGUUUGCACCGGCCGACGUGGCGCAGGCUCCGCCCGCGGAGAAGACGUCACCGGACGUCGUUGCGGAAUUCAACUACGUCAACAAGCUGCUCUCGCGGCGGAAGCUUAACAAGCCCUCGCUUGUUGUGAUGGACCUGAAGAAGACUUACGACCGGCACACCGUCCUCCGCGGAGUUUCCUUCCACGUGGACCCCGGCGAGACGUUUGCCGUGAUGGGUAUGCUGGGCUGUGGCAAGUCCACCCUCCUAGACGUGCUGUCGGGCUUCCAGCCUGCGAGCGGAGGCACCGCCUGCAUCGGCACCGUGUCGCUGAAGGAAGUGGCCCGCUGGGAGAAGUUAAUCGGGCUCUGUCCCGCUUACGACGCGUUCCUGGGUCGGCUCACGGUGCGCCAAACAAUGAUGCUUCAUGCGACCAUCCGCGGAGUUCAGUCUAAGAACCGGGAUACGCUUAUCGAGCACCUCUUCGCGCUGCUCAACCUGGAGGUCGUUGCAGACGAAACCAUCGACAACUGCAGCGCGAGCAACAGGCGGAAGCUGGCCGUGGCCGUGGCCAUCGUUGGCUUGCCUCCCGUGGUGCUGAUGGACGACCCGGCGACGGGCCUUGACCCAUUCGCGAAGCGCACCAUCUACAAGUCGGUGCAGAUGCUGCGCCAGCUGAGCAAGUCGGCCGUGCUCGUGGCGACCACCAGCCUGUGCGACGCCGUCAUCAUGUCCGACCGCAUGGCCAUUAUGGUGGACGGCUUGUUUCGCAGCAUCGGAAGCCUAACCCAGCUGCGCUCCAGGCUGUGCCGCGGAUUCGUGCUCCGGGUGAAGCUGAAGCCCGAGGCCUACGGGAACCCGGAGGCCUGGAGAGCCAUCGACAGCACGGUCAAGAUGGCGUUCCCGGCGGCCCUCUUCUCCGGCCAGAUGACGGCCUUCGUCGAGUACGAGGUGGAGAAGAUGCCGCCGUGGAAGGACCUAGCGGGGACGCUGGCCAACUUGAAGCACCACCUGAACCAGUACACGUACGACAUACUCUUGAGCGAGGUGACGCUCGAGCAUGUCGUACUGAAGAUCGCCAAGUACCAGGUGGUGCCGCUCAAGGGCCCCGUCAUCCCAUCCUGACGACUCCGCUGCGCUGAUCGCCGGGCAAUCACAGCCAACGAAGCUACCCACGAGCGCAUCUGUAACGCGCUUUUUUGUUUUGUUUAUUUGAACAAGAAAGCGGCUCAUUACCGAUCAUGUACGCGAUCUGCCGUGCUUUGUGCAAUGUUUUCUUUGACGGAGCGCGCAGAAGCAGCCUUUGAUGCAGAAUAAAAUGCGGGCUACAAUUUAUAUUGCAGCCAGCCGCUCUUAUAUUAUGCUGUUAUAUUUCGGCCGCUACUUAUA